GGGGCACGGCGAUGGCCGGUGUGUUGCAAACCGGCCGCGCGGCUUGUCGCCUGCUGCGACCCCUAGCUUCUGCAAAUGGCUUUUCCGCCAUACAACAAGCUUGUUUUGCCUCAACGUCGUCCACCGGCGCGUGUGGCCAGGCGUCGACGUCGACGCGGUGUGGCGAUGAGGAGAAUCCCUUGCUCGCGCCGCUCCUAAUGGGCCGGUCAGGGCUGAAUUUCCGCAGCUUCAGCUCUCAAUCGGCUCCGCAGGGCGACCGUUUGAGCGAGGUUUCUGAGGUGCUAAACGCGCCACCUAUAUCUCUGGACUUUGACCGGGGGGAAAUCCCUAUACCGCCAGACCUCGACAACGCUCUAGGCCGGGCUAUGCUGAAGAUUAUGGGCUUUGAGAGCAAACGCAGCAAGCUGUUGCACGGGGCUCAGCGGCUCUACGAGGCUGUCACGGAGCAGGUGGACUCCGGCGUGUUGCAACGAGCCUUCCAGACCGGCAAGGUGUUCUGGUCCACCUACGUGCUGCUGUCGCUGUACGUGUGGCUGGUCAUCCACCGCCUGCGCGACGUGCGCCACGCCGACGUCAAGUUCUUCCGCCAGCGCUUCUACAACCAGUUCCAGCAGGACGUGGAGUUCAGGGUGUACGCGGCGGGCGUGCAGGUGGGCGUGACCAAGUGGCUGAAGAAGCUGGAGGAGCACUUUUACGAGACGGCCUUUGACUUCGACAAGGUGCUGGCUCCCGGCGCCAGCGAGACGCUGUCGGACGUCAUCUUGCGGAAGUACUACGGCGGCGAGGAGACGCACAGGGCGGACGCCGACCUGCUGGCCCGCUUCGCGCUGCGCGAGAUGGCCAGCCUCAGUGCCACGGACGAGGAGGCGGUGCUGCGCGGCAACGUGCGCUUCAGCAGCACAGAGCUGGCGGCGGCGCUGCAGCGCUCCGGAGUCACGUCGGCGGGCGAGUCCACCGCGGGCGCGGCGGCGGCGGGCGCGGCGACGGCGGGUCCGGGCGUGGGCGGGGCGGCGCCGGCCGCGACACCCGCGGCGGAGGGCGGCGCAGGACAGGGGUCAGGGUAGUAGGACUUGGCUGGGGGCACGGGGAGAGUUACGUGAUGGGGUUCGUGGCGGUACGUGAUAAUGUGCAUGUGUUGAGGUGGCUUUGAGGAAGCGAGUGGCACAGGCAAGUCGGCUAGUGAGGUGUCGUGUUGGGCAGGCCACGGGGUUCGUGCGGCAUAACGGCAUUUCAGCUGGGACGGCUGGGUUGUACCGCAUAUUAUACAGGUGGGGGCACCGCAUACCGUAUGCGCGCGUGGGGCAAGCUAGUCGUGUACCUUAGAUGGUGCUGCGGGACGUACUGGUUGUUGAGUGACGGCCCUGAACGACUGAAUGAGUGAUGAUGCCCGCUGCGUUUUCUUGCCUAUGAACCACCCGCCAG